CAUUUUCAGUGCAAUUAUCUAAAAAUGUCAGAAGAAACAAUUAUGUCUAUGAAUGAUCAGAAAAUUAAAAUUGAACCACCAGAAUAUUCAAUAGAAGACGUUAAAGGUGAAACUGAUGAUGAAUUUAAUUAUGUCGAUGGUAUUGUUAAGUCUGAGUCGUGUUCUGAAGACAACGAAACUUGCCUGGAAAGAUUUAUGGAUUCCGAGGUGACUAUAGAGGAAGAAGUCAAACAGGAGGUAAUUGAGGCACCCACUAAUAUAGAGCAAUCUUUAAACAUCAAAGAAUUCGAUGAUCCAACACCAAGUAGGUUUGCUCAUUCUGAAAAGCGCUCUCAUAAAUGUGAAUUAUGCGAUAAGGCUUUCACAACACCAUCUAUUAUGAAAAAGCAUAUGCUUACUCAUACAGGAGAGCGUUCCCACAAGUGUGGAACAUGUAAUAAGACUUUCAUAGAAAGCGGUAAUCUAAAAAAGCAUAUACUUGUACAUACCGGAGAACGCCCCCAUAAGUGUGCAAAAUGUGAUAACACAUUUACAACAAUGAGUGCCUUGAAAUCCCACAUGCGUGGUCAUACAGGAGAGCGCCCUUACGAAUGCACGAUAUGCAAUAAAACCUUCGCACAUUUGAUAAAUAAGAAAUACCACAUGCUUACUCAUACUGGAGAACGACCUUACAAAUGUGAAAUGUGUGACAAAGCUUUUCGUUCAUCAUUUACCUUAAAAGGACAUAUACAAACUCAUACUGGAGAACGCCCCUACAAAUGCCAAAUAUGCAAUAAAACAUUCACACGAUCAAGUGACCUGAAAUCACACCUUCUCAUUCAUUCCGAAGAGCGUCCACAUAAGUGUGAAACUUGCAAGAAGGCAUUUAAGCAUUUGCGUGGGUUAAGGAAACAUAUGCUUAUUCAUAAUCGAUAA